AUGGGCCAUAAUAAAGCAUAUUAUUGGUUUCUGUUGCUAUUCAUGUUAACAUGCCUCGUAAUUGGAGUAUUGAGUGAAACUGAAGCCAAAAUCCUUCUCAGGUUUAAAAACUCUUUAUCCAAUUAUGGCCCUGCACUAGCCGAUUGGAAUGACACAGGGCCAAGUCCAUGCGACGUUCCAAAUUGGACAGGUUUGCGCUGCAGAAGUGGGUCAGUUUUCGGACUAAAGCUGGAAAAUAUGGGUCUAAUGGGUGCAAUCGACGUGGACACACUGACAGGGUUGUCGCUUUUGCGUACCUUAAGCUUUAUGAACAACAGCUUUAAUGGUCGAUUGCCGGACGUAAACAAACUUACAUCUUUGAGAGUCUUGUAUUUGUCAUACAAUCGUUUCUCAGGUGAAAUACUCGAGGAUGGUUUUGCAGGCAUGAACAAUUUGAAACUGGUUUAUAUGGCUCGGAAUAACUUCUCUGGUAAAAUCCCAAACUCACUUGCUGCAUUGCCAAGAUUGUCGGAGUUAAAUCUUGAAGGGAAUCGUUUUGAUGGACGAAUACCGGAUUUUCAGCAGAACAGUCUGGUUAUGGUUAAUCUAGCUAAUAACCUGCUCGAGGGUCGGAUACCAUCUAGGUUGAGCAACAUGAAUUCAAGCUUCUUCGCAGGGAACAGCCUAUGUGGGAAGCCACUGCCCCAAUGCAAAUCCUCGACAAAGACACAGACCAUCUUAAUAAUCAUCGUCGUAACAGGUUCUGUGGUUGCCUUAGUUCUUAUUUCUGCUGUUUACUAUUGCCGCCAUGAUCCAACCACAGCAUCCCAAGUAAAAAAUGUCCAAGCGAAAAAAGCCGGUAAUAUUGUGGGCAAGAAAGAAGAUCAAUCAGCUGAUCAUUACAAAAACGCUGAAAAUGCAAAACUGUAUUUUGUUAGGAAUGACAGGGAGAGGUUUGAGUUGCAGGACUUGCUUAAGGCCUCAGCUGAGGUGCUGGGCAGUGGGAGCUUUGGGUCAUCUUAUAAAGCUGUCCUUCCGAAUGGGCAAGCAAUGGCUGUGAAGAGGUUUAGGCAAAUGAACAAUUUGGGCAAGGAAGACUUCCGUGAGCACAUGCUAAGACUUGGAAGGUUAUCCCACCCUAACCUGCUUUCCCUUGUGGCAUUCUAUUACAGAAAAGAAGAGAAGCUUUUGGUGUCUGAUUUUGUUCCAAAUGGCAGCCUGGCUAGCCAUCUUCAUGCUAGGCGUGCUGCAGGUCAAUCGGGGCUUGAUUGGCCAACUCGAUUGAAGAUCAUCAAAGGAGUAGCAAAGGGCUUGACUUACCUCUACAAUGAGCUUUCUAGCCUGACACUACCCCAUGGACACCUAAAAUCCUCCAAUGUGCUUCUGAACCAUACCUUUGAGCCCAUCCUGACUGACUAUGGCUUAGUUCCAGUGAUAAACAAAGAGCACGCUCAACAGUUCAUGGUGGCGUACAAGUCCCCUGAAUGCACCCAAGACGACCGAACAACAAAAAAGACGGAUGUAUGGAGCCUUGGAAUACUGAUACUUGAACUGCUGACAGGUAAGUUCCCAGCCAACUACUUGAAACAAGGCAGGAAGGGCAAUGCUGAUUUGGCAACUUGGGUGAACUCAGUUGUGAGAGAAGAAUGGACAGGUGAGGUUUUUGACAAGGACAUGAAGGGUACCAGGAAUAAGGAACGUGAGAUGUUGAAGUUGUUGAAGAUUGGGAUGUGCUGCUGUGAAUGGAACGUAGAGAAGAGGUGGGAAUUGAAAGAAGCUGUGCAGAAGAUUGCAGAGUUGAAAGAAAGGGAUUGUGAUGUUGAAGACUACUCUUCCUAUGGAAGUGAAGGAGAGGCAUACUCAACCAGAGCAAUCACUGAAGACAAUUUUUCUUUCUCAGUUAAUGGUUGAAAGUUGAAACCCAUCCACCUUACCUUUUAACUAUAAUUUAGCGGUGUUGAUGUUCUCCAACCGCUCAACAUUUCCAAG